AAAAGCAGCUGCAGGGAUCCUACAGAUCACAGCUUUGGAGACAGAGAGACAGAAACCAGUCAGCCCACCAUCCCACCACCAGUGACCAACCAACAGAGAUGGCGUGUUUGGAAGACAGACUGAAGGCCUGCGAAGAGAAGAUUGCAGACCUGAUGGGAAAAGAGAAAACCAUGGUGGCAUUCAGCGCUUUGGCUGAAUAUGGUGGAGCCCAUGGCCCCUUUGAUGGAGACACCACUCUGGUUUACAACACCCUGAUUGCCAACGUUGGUGACGCCUACAACACAUCUACGGGUGUGUUUGCUGCACCUGUUGCAGGUGUUUAUUGUUUUAUCCUCUCCUACCACGCUGGAGGACACCAGAUAGCAAAGCUGACGCUGACCAAGAACGGUGAGCCGAUUGUUGCGACAUCUGAUCACAAAUCUGAUGCUGACACAGCUGAUAAUGGAGGAAAUGCAGCAGUCCUGGAGCUGAAGAGAGGGGACCAGGUGUAUGUUCGCCUGGCUGCAGGUGCUCAUGUUUGGGCAGGAAACCAACACACCUCCUUCAGUGGCUUUCUGAUCAAUCAAAUGUGAAAACUGAUGACUCCAGAAAAAUGAUUCUAAAAAAGGGAUUCAUCUACAGUGAAAUUAAAUUCAAAGUGGUGACUGUUGCUGUUUUAUUACUGUGUUCAACCAAAAUAAAUCAUCACACCUUGA